ACGCGUUGCUUUUUGUUGGUUUCCGUGGAGUAGUUUUAGUACAACAACAGCGUGAAGACUGAAAUUCGUUCUUCAACCGGUUAACGAUUGAAUACAACGACAACACAAUAGCGGAAAUUUGUAGUGUCACAUAUAAGCAGUCAGUAGUAUUAAAGUUUGUUGCAAAAUGUCGAUUAAUUUGAGAACCGUUUACGCCUUUGCAAGGGAAAUGUAUCCCAAAAAUUCAAAGGAGAUUAUUCAGUAUGGAACAGCUGGGUUUCGCGGCAAGGCUGAAUUUUUGGACAGUGUAAUGUUCAGAAUGGGAGUACUGGCCACACUACGUUCCCGUUAUCGGGAAGGUUCUGUCAUCGGUGUGAUGAUCACAGCUUCGCAUAAUCCGGAGCCCGAUAACGGUGUUAAACUAAUCGAUCCUAAAGGUGAAAUGUUGGAAUCCAGCUGGGAGAAAAUUGCCACAGAUUUGGUUAACGUUAGCGAUCAGGAAUUGGAGCAGCAUGUUGCAAAAAUAAUCAAGGAUAAUCAAAUUGAUGUUACCUCUAGCUCACACGUAUACGUUGGCAUGGAUAAUCGGUAUCACAGUCCGCGUCUGCUGAAAGCUGUAGCCGAUGGAGUCAUCGCCUUGAAGGGCAAUGUAAGAGAGUUUGGAAUAGUCACAACGCCAAUGAUGCAUUACUUCGUCGUUGCAGCGAACACGAAGGAAGCGUAUGGCAAACCCACGGAGGAGAACUAUUACGAGAAGCUCAUUACGGCCUUUGAGAAACUGCGUAAUGAUCGUCCCGAGAAUGGCAACUACCGUAACACGCUGAUCUUCGAUGGUGCUAAUGGAGUUGGUGCUAGGAAAAUGCUGCAGUUCAUCAAGCGAAUGCAUAAUCACUCUCUGUGUGUGACGGUCAUAAAUCAAGGCAUUGGCAAUGGGAAAAUCAAUGAGGAGUGCGGAGCGGAUCACGUCAAAGUCCAACAGAGAUCGCCGAUAUCGAUGCCGGCCGUGGAACCCUAUACACGUUGUGUGAGUGUCGAUGGCGAUGCUGAUCGCGUUGUCUAUUUCUUUACGAACGAGGAUGGGCAAUUCAAUCUACUUGACGGAGAUCGCAUUGCCACAUUGGUGGCUGGCUACUUAAUGGAUUUGAUCAAGAGCUGCGAGAUCAAUCUUCGAAUUGGCCUUGUACAGACUGCCUAUGCCAAUGGCGCAUCAACGGAUUAUAUAGUCAACGAAUUAAAGGUUCCCGUUUCCUGUGUGCCAACGGGCGUCAAGCAUUUGCAUCACAAGGCCUUGGAAUAUGAUGUGGGCAUUUAUUUCGAGGCAAAUGGCCAUGGCACUAUUGUCUUUAGUGAUAAUGCAAAGAGCAUUAUCAGCGAAGCGGCCAAGACCAAUGACAAUGCUAAGACCCUAUUGCUCAUCAUAGAUCUCAUUAAUGAAACUGUUGGCGACGCCAUCUCGGAUAUGCUCCUGGUGGAGACGAUCUUAAACCACAAGGGCUGGGAUGUUAAGGACUGGAGUGCUGCCUAUAAUGAUCUUCCCAACCAACAGCUUAAGAUAUCAGUACAGGAUAGAAAUGUCAUCAAGACGACGGAUGCAGAACGUGUUUGUGUCGAGCCAAAGGGACUGCAGGAGGAGAUCAACAAGGUCGUUGCGAACUAUAAGCGAGGACGUGCCUUUGUGCGUCCAUCGGGAACAGAGGAUGUAGUCCGUGUUUAUGCCGAGGCCGCAACGAAAGAAGAUGUGCAACAAUUGUCGUACGAAGUAGGACUUUUGGUUCAACGACUUGCUGGUGGAGUCGGACCGGAAUUAGUUAAUCCAAGCAAUGCUCAUUUGUAGUCGGAAUUUCUAUGAAUCUAGAUGUGUUCAGACAUAUAUGCAUGUGUAUGUUUCUGUCCUCCUCUAAGCUCACAAAACUGCGCAUUUACCCGACGAGCUUAGUAUAAUUUAAAUAUGUAUAACUUUUAUAACGCUGGCUCACAGCCAAUCACUUACAAGUGCAUUUAUAGUCAUAUUCGUUGAAGUGAUUAUUUUUAUAGAUUUUAAUAAAUUGACCAGUUUAUUUGAUGUCCCAAUAAUGCUCACACCUAA